GUUCCAGGACACAAGCUCUGAUUUUGACUGAGAGCUGUCCCAUCCCGCCUCUAAUGCCUCCUAUGACCAAUCAGAGCAUGCUGCUGCCCUCCUUCCUCCGUGAUACAAACUUCACUGGAUUCCCCGAGUUAAGGGCUCCUCCUCUGAAGUAUGAAAUACUUUCAGAUACGAAUACCACAACAGUUGGACCCAUAGUUACAACCACACCAGAAACUAUUAGUACCGCAAAUACCCAGCAUACAUCUCUCCAGAGUACACCAAUACCAACAGUCCCACUGAACCAGAGUCUAAGUAGUAAUUCAUCACUUGGUUUGAGUUUUACAACCCCACCGGUGACUGAGACUUUAAACAACACAACACAAUCUGUUAACACUGAGGUGAUCCAAAGUGCCCUCACAGAUCAGACCCCAGAACAAAACACAUCGCUCCCAGAGAGCUCAAGUUUCACGAGCCUCCGCACCACCGCGAGUCCGGACCAGGUGCAGUCCCACAACGCGUCUCAAACAGCAACUCCAAAUACAGCGCAGACGACGGGACGCACGGCGACCGUCGUCACGACGACCGCUCCUGACACCACAACAGCCCUUAAGGACGGUACAACGUUCCAGAACACCGCGGUGGUCCCCGACGCUGCGACGCCACACAGUACGACAGAGACUCCUAGCGUCAGUCGGGUCCCCACUAUCCGAUACGAUGCAACAACGUUGGCUCCUGUCGGGCUCAACACAACAGCCCCUCCCCAGUCCUUUUCAACCGUCGGCAAUCACACUCUUCCAGCGACUAUGAGAAAAAAAGCAACCCAAACUCUCUGGAACACGACGGUGUUGCCGACCGGCAUUAACACAACGGGGAUCCCUGGCAACGGUACUGUACCGGUUGCUAUGGUAACCAUCGUUGCUACGGACAAUCAUACCCUGCACAGCUUGGAGUCGUCUUUGCCAAGCAAUGCGACCACGGUUGAUGCGACAACUAGGCCUACUUCCCUCGACGGCAGGACAGCGAAUCAUAGCACGUCAAUAUUACCGAACGAAACAACGACGGGAAGCGUUGUCAUGGCGACCGAUAGGGAAACGCCAUCAACCGAUCCGACUACAACGGCCGCACGUGACCCACAAACGUACAACUGGACUGAAACAAACACAAACAGAACUGUUAACAUGACCUUCGGUGUCACAAUGACCCAGACCUCCGCAAACCCGCCAAACCCCAGCACCACAUCCGUUGUCAGCAUUGACACCAUCACCACCAGCACCAUACCGCCAGUACAAUCCCCUUUAGCGACCACAACCUCAUCCAUGACAGGAUCCGAUCAGCACAGCAAAAACCAAAGCAUACACACUCCAGAGACGGCAAUACCGACCAAUCAUACUGUAGCAACGGUGACAGAGUCGUUACCAUUAGACACCACCGUCACCAACCAAAGCAACAUGUCUGCUUCCACCACUGGUAAUAUAUCGCUUGGGGCCACGGAGACGUCUGAACACACCAGGGGUCAAGAGGAGGAAGCAAAGGAGCUGGAGAUUCAGUCGCAGAAAGUCUCCAAACUCAACUCCUCCCAGGUGGAGGAGUUGGUGGGGAGGCUAGAGAGGCUGCUGGACGGAGCCAGUGUCCCCCUAGUGGUGGGGCGCAUCGCCGUGCGUGCCAUCAGUAACCUGAUGGAGGGACACCACCUGGCCAUUUCCUCCUCCACUAACAGGCUAAUCCAUUCGGUGGACCAGCUGGCUCUGAAGCUGGAGGUGGGGGCAGAGACACUGGUGCUGUCGGCCAGCUCCCUGGCUCUGGCUGUGCGGCCCCUUGACGGGUCACGGUUCCCCGAGACCUCCCUCUCCCUCACCGACCCUGCUCACCUUCAGGUGAGCACUGCAGACAGGUCCCUUCCCCAGAGGUCGGAGGUCGACCUGGCUUCUGUGUACCUCCCCUCCUCCCUCCUGGAAUCCCUGACCCCCGCGGAGAGGGCCCUGGCCACCAGGGUGCAGUUCACCUUCUACACCACCCCCAAGCUAUUCCAGGACGUCGCGCUGGGGAACGGAACCCUGGUCAGCCCGGUGCUGGGCUCCAGCGUCACCAACCUGUCCAUCAGUAACCUCAGAGAGAACAUCCAGUUCAGCAUCUGUAGCCCUCACAGCACACAGGCUAACGCUCUGCCUCAAUGCGUGUUCUGGGACUUCAGGCUGAACGGUGGCCGAGGGGGGUGGAGCCCUGAAGGGUGCUCCGUCCUCAACGUCACAGACGGAAAAACAACCUGCAGCUGCAACCACCUCACAUCCUUCGCUGUCCUACUGGACCUGUCCAGACGAGGUGUGUCUGACCGUCAGCAUGGGGCGAUCCUCACCUUCAUCACCUACAUCGGCUGUGGGGUCUCUGCAGUCUUUCUCUCCAUCACCCUGCUCACCUACAUGUGCUUCCGGAAGUUACUCCGCGACAUCCCCUCUAAGAUCCUGGUGCAGCUCUGUCUGUCCCUCCUCCUCCUCAACCUCGUCUUCCUAUUGGACGGCUGGCUAGCGCUCUACCCCGCCCCCGGGCUGUGCAUAAGCACCGCCUUCUUCCUGCACUACUUCCUGUUGACGUCCUUCACGUGGGCGGGGCUUGAGGCCCUGCACAUGUACCUGAGCAUCGUGCGGGUGUUCACCCCGUACCUUAGCAGAUACAUGCUCAGGUUCUCCCUCAUGGGCUGGGGUAUUCCUAUGACGGUGGUGGUGGUCAUCAUAUCGGUGGACAAAGACAACUACGGCCUGAUCACCUACGGAAAAUAUUCUGACGGCACUACCGAUGACUUCUGCUGGUUGCGGAACAACAUUGCGUUCUACAUCGGGGUGGUGGCGUACUUCCUGGUCGUCUUCCUCCUGUGCCUGGUGGUGUUCACCGUGGUGCUCGCCCAGCUGGCCCGCAUCAAGCGGCAGAACCCCCACCACCAGUGCCCCCGGCGGAGCCUGGUGACAGACCUGCGCAGCGUGGCCGGCCUCAUCCUCCUGCUGGGCCUCACCUGGGGCUUCGCUCUGUUCGCCUGGGGGCCGCUGCACCUGCCCUUCAUAUACCUCUUCUCCAUCUUCAACUCUCUGCAAGGUUUCUUCAUCUUCUUAUUCCACUGUGCCGUCAAGGAGAACGUUCGUAGACAGUGGAGAACCUACCUGUGCUGUGGGCGCCUGCGAUUGGCUGAAAACUCAGAAUGGAGUCGAACGGCCACCCAGAAUCCAAAGAAGCAGUCCAUUGCCGUGAUAACAAACGUAGCCCUGAGCCCGGCAUCUCGAAGCUCCUCCCUCAGCAGCGAGAUGACAAAUAGCUUCGGCUCAGACAGUGGUAUAUCGGACAGCUACAACGGUGAUGUCGUGCUUAACGAGAUCCACCUGCGCAACAUGGCCGCGCUGUCGUAGCUCGACAAGCCGGGGCGACGGCCUGCCCCUCGUUGGCCCAGCUGGUGGUCCACCGUCACUCACAAAAGGGCACACGCUUAUCAAAUUAGAGCUAGUUAGGGCGAGUGAGGGCUGGUCGUUGCUUUCAAGGCCCAGGGAAAGCUACUCAAAGGCGACUUUAAGGGCAUCAGGGCGAGGUAGGCAGGUCCGGAGCAGGAACAUUACUUUUCUUGAGCUAUGACAUCAAAGUAAAGCUUGCAAAUGAUGAAUACUGGGCCAUUUGUCGUAUUUUCAAAGUUGUAUUUCUUUACUUUUGAUACACAGUUGUUCCUCUCCCUGAAUUGCUCAAGAAAAAAUAUAUUUUUUAAAUCUCUAUUUUAGAAUGGCAUUAGAGUUGGUUUCAGUGUGAUUGUAAUAAGCAAAUCAUUUAUCAAAAGGUGACAAUGUAGACCAUUUAUUACUUAAUUAUCCAGCCAUGAAGAUGUUUAGGUGCACUGCAGCAAAACACUUGAAGGGGCCCUAUUUUACCACCAGGUGUGACUGCGAUUAGCCAUUAAAAGUGGAGGGUCCAUCUAGAUGUGUCCUGGAUAGAUCAGUCUACCAUCCAAACAAGUGGACUGAAGCAACCGGGAGGCUAAUCCAUCCAUCAUUGGUAUUGGUUUAUGGUUCCCAAAGGUCCUCAGCGUUGUGAUUGUUCAAAUGUGCUGUUACUUCCUGUUUAUGACUUGGGUAGUUUAGUAACUAUGUUGAAGUGCCAACAUGCUUAGAUUGCUAUUUGGCUGAAGGACAACUGAAAUCAGCUAAUUUCUGUAUAAGGUGUAGAAUAUAUGAACCCAUUAAUAAUUGUAAUUCUCAAUUUAUUUUGAUGAAGUUCAAAAGCGAAUGAGGUUUAAUAAAAAAACAGAAUAAUUGGA